AUGGGGGAACUGGAAACAGCUCAACAUUUUAUCUACAUCACACAGGUCUACUUUUGCUAUGCUGUCAUUGUCUGGGACUGGGCCGUCAGCUUGCCUAGAGAAUGGACUUUUAUCUGGAAGACUCAUUGGACGCCCGUUAAGACUGCAUAUCUCUUCUGUCGCUACUGGGUUAUCGCCGUCGUUCCGUAUCUUUUAUAUGCUUUUGUCACCAACCACACCGAAGCAGAGUGCCAAAGAAUUUACAAGAUUCCUGUCGCAUUGGCCAUGUGGAACCAAGUCGGGUCCGAAUCUGUUCUGCUCAUUCGUACUUACGCAUUUUUCAACCGUAACAACUACCUCCUGGCAGCACUUGUAUGUGCGCUAGCUGGUGUCGUCGGGUAUCAACUUUUCGUCGAUACUUCUGAAAUGAUGCUUCUUCCGUUUGUCACUCCACCCUUUACGGAGGGGCCAUGUUUCCCCAUUUCUAGGCCCCAUUCAGCUCACUUGCUCGGUUUCUUUAUUGCCCCACUUCUGUUCGACACUAUCGUUACCGCUAUCACUGUCUGGAAAGCAUUUGCGAUUCGCCGCCGCAGUGGCGGACCAAGUAGCAAACUCAUUCAAACUUUUCUUCGAGAAGGUGUCUUCUACUAUAUUCUGAUCUCUAUUGCCAACUUGAUCAAUGGGAUUUUCUACCUUCAACCUCGUCAAGUGAUGUCUGCGCUCAACAUCCCACUCAGCGUUAUGAUGGCGCCAUUGUUGGCAUGUCGUUUGAUCCUUGAUCUUCGUGAACGUGGCGCAGAGACCGUUUCCCAUUCAGAAGGAACGGGUGUUAGCGCAUUUGCAACAAAAUCCGGUGUAGUUACCUCCCAUUCUGGUCACCGUGGAAAGCCUGGCCGCGGACGCCACCGCGGCCCAGGCUCAACCAUCGCUUCAAACAUUAUGUUGAGCACUAUAGGGAGCAUCCAGCCCGAUCUUGAAGCAGCUGAGGUGGAGCUCGACGAGAUGCACUUUGAGCUCGGGGUGGGCUAUAGUGGAGAUAGCACGCGCUCAUUGGGUUCGGUGGAAAAUGCCACACCAGCUCCCGCCUAUAACUCGAUCGAGAUGGGAUUUAGUGCUCGGCCAGGAAGCGCGACUGACGAGAGUGGAGCAGCUGGCAUGUCGGCCAUCUCAGGGAUCAGGAUUGACGUAGAGAAGACGACAUCCACGAUAUGAGGAUCAUAUAUCCAAAUGAGCACCAGCCGGCUCUGCGCUCUCCCAUUCAAAUUCCCAUUUCUGCUCCGGAUCGCAUUGCAUUGCAUUGCAUUGAUUCUAGAUUCUCAUUGAUAUCCACGCAAAGGACGGUUCGUGCAUUCUGCACUUGCAUUUACUAGACUACGCCAUGCUGUCUCUCGGAACUCGUGCAGCGCGUACUUACAUCAACGUUUAAUCAUGUACUUUUAGCUUUCCCCGGUCCCGGACUACCCAAGGUUUUCAAGUACAUAAAAACACCCCGGGUUUCUACCCGUUUCUGUCUUUCUGUCCAUUGAUACUCGUUCUGUCUAUACCAUGUAUUUUUGUAACCCAAUACGCA